CGACCACACUCUACAGUAUGUCGUCGCUAAAAGGCAAUAUGGACCAGGCGACGGAGAGUACAGUCGACUAUAUAUUGCUUGUAGAGUUUCACCAUAAGAACGGACCUCAGGUACAAUUUAGUUAUCCUCCUUUGCCAGGUAAUACCGAUGAGGGGUCUAAUGAACUACCCGAGGCUUGGAUCAGUCUUCCUUUCAUGGCACUACCUGAAGGUGUACAUAAUCGCAUGGAAGAGACGGUUUACUUUCAUCUACCAAUAUUAGAUGGCAGUGAUACUGCAGUGGGGAGUACCCAAGGUGGAACUAUGUUUUGUGUUGCGUCAUUUCGACAGAUUGACGCAAAUUUAGUGGAGAACAAAAAUGCAGACGUCACUCGAAGCUACGUGCAAAAGAGUGUCGUAUUCAUGAGCCGCAUACCAGUAUACGGCCUCUUAUCGACAAAGUUAAAUGUUUUUUCGGAUGUACUAUUUGCGCAACGGGACUUUACGUCGAUAGAUAUGCUUAAGCAGUGUUACCACCAGGUUAAUAACGGUACUAAAGUCGCAGCGCUUCUGGACGACCCAGCGGAGACGUCGAUGGCAUCUCUGAGGUCGCUAGUAAAAAAGUUCAGAUAUAAACUACUUGUGCUUGUUAAAUUGUUACUACUCGAGAAGCGUGUCCUGACACAUGGUAGCCCAGUACGAGACCUCUGCUCCGGAUUAGUGGCACUAGUUGCGCUGGUGCCGGAUUUGUUCGCGUCCGGACUAGACGGAGUAUGCGAAUUGGAGCACACUGCGUUCCACAAGGAAUACUUCACCGAAAAAGACACUGAUAGCUUCGAACAAAAGCUGCACAAGCGUCUUGGGUUGCCCUUCGUGCCUUUCUCCAAAGAUUGUCUCUUCCAGCCGUACUUGACCUUGCAAGAUGCGGACCUGAUAUAUAUAGGGAACGCGCGCUCAUUUCUGGUUGGCACCACGAAUGCCCUCCUGCUUUCACAUAAUAAGAUACCUCUGGAUGCUGUAGUGGACUUCGAGAUUGGCACCGUGAAAAUCAAUGGAUCGGCCUUGAACGAUCAACUGAGACUCACCACUGAGGAUCUCAGGUUUAUGGACAAAAUAACUUCCGAGGUCGAUGCCACGUGGGUGUCCGAAGGUCCCGACGCUGGGCGUGACGCCUUGACUUUCAAUGGCAGCAAUGCUUGGGUUAGGAAAAUGUUUGAGAACUACAUGCAAUCGUAUAUAGCAACCUAUCUUGAUUUCAUAACUGCCGCAACAAAGACCGACCGUGACAAGCGGUACGAUGGGAUUACGACAUUUAAUUCAGACUUCGUCAAUGGUUGGAGUACUACCAGUAACUAUGCCGCCUGGAAGUCCGUGGUAGAUCCGACAGUUCUUUCGUCUGUGACAGCAGGGCAUCCGAAUAGAGGGAAAUGGACGUUUGCUGACGCAAAAAUUCAAUUGAACAACAAAAUGUUUGAUAAUAUGACUGAAGAGCAAGUGAAGGAGGCGCAGAAACAGGCAGACGAAGCUGGUAUAGCACUCAAGCAAGCCUCGACUGAAGUUUCGGCCGCGUGGCUAUCAGCUAAAUCGAGUGUGUCUGGCUGGUUCACAAAAAAAAAGCUACAAUACGAUGCAUAUCAAACUCCGGCACAAAAACGACAGCCAGAAGUCGAUGACGGGCCACCUAGUCGACCCAAACACUCGCCACCCCCGUCUACAUCGUUCUUAACCUCAAAUCAAGCAGAGGAUGUGCGAUCACCACGGCCGAGCAUGGAGACAGAUAGUAGUUUUCUAUCGAGAUCGAAUUCAAAUAGUCCUAGACAUCGCACGAGCAUGGAAAUGCCGACCAUGAGCCCAUUGAAACCCUCAAGUUCUGAGCGAAUUAGCAGUCCACUUGUGCCAGGAAAUGCGAAGGAUUUGUCCCGCCCACCAGCCGAGAAUGCACCUGCGUUUUUGAGUUGGCCCAGUAGCGUGGAUGAUCUAGGACAGUUGAAGCUAAAUUAAAAUUAUUAGAAUAUAUAGACUUUGUGAACGAGAUUCUCU